CACUACUGUCUUUCUUUUCCAGAUGGGAGAAUCAUUUGUGAGCUAUUUUCAGACAUUGUACCUAAGACAUGUGAAAACUUUAAGGCACUCUGUACAGGAGAAAAAGGCAGUGCUUCAAAGAGUGGGAAAUCUCUCCACUACCAAGGUUCACCUUUCCACAGAAUUGUCAAAGAUUUUAUGAUCCAAUCUGGAGAUUUUGUCAAUGGCAAUGGAACUGGAGGAGAGUCUAUCUAUGGAGGGACCUUUCCUGAUGAAAAUUUCAUCAUCAAGCAUGACCGUCCCUUUCUUCUGUCCAUGGCAAACCGUGGUAAAGAUACCAAUGGAUCGCAAUUCUUUAUGUGAGUAUUUGAAAAUGUAAUCUUAAACCAAAAAGGCUAUUUUUCCCUUAGAAGAAAUAUCUCGUAUUGUAAUUGAAGGUGUACAUUAUCUCAUCGUUUUAGAAAUUAAAAUACUUAAGUGCUGUAAUACUGUAAA